AAUGGUUUGAUGGAAAUUAAAUGUGAUUUUACUUCGCCUGGCUUUACCAUGAUACUUCAUCGUACUACAAGAUGUUUGUCUACGGAUUUUAACAGAACCAAACAUAUUUAUUCUUCUGGAUUUGGUCAAAGAUUUGGCAACUAUUGGCUUGGUCUCCAAAAUAUUUUCGAAUUGAUACAAAUUGAAGAACAUGAGUAUCACAUUAGGGCAGUAAAAACAACUGAGGAAAUUGAAGAAUGCACAUAUUCAACUUUUAAAAUAGAGAACGCUUCAGCUAAUUAUGUAAUUGAUCUAGGAACCUACAAACGACCUCCAGGCGGAUUACCACUUGGUGAUUCAAUGAGUCUGUCUAAUUAUAACAUUAAUGGUAAGCCAUUCUCUACUUAUGAUCGCGACUUCAGCGGGGGUUGUCCAGCUGAUCGUAAAGGUGGUGGAUGGUGGUAU